AUGUACUUCUUCUCAAAUUCCAGCCUCCUUCAUGAAAUAUGUUUCAGAGUCCCUGUCUAUCACCUAAUGGUCUUUAGAAGGGGCUACUUGAUUGCAGUGCCUUCCGUUUUCCGAUCAGGUGUGGGAGAAUCUAUUAGUGUGACUAUUUUUAAUCCAGUCAGGGAGACAACGGUCCAGAUCCAACUCGUAGUCAAAGGAGAGAUGGUGGCUCAUGCCCAUGGAGCAAUUCUAGGUAAAGGAACAAUCAAGCUUAAGGUUCCCUCAGGACUUCGGGGCCAGGCUCAGGUAAAAGUGUGGGGCAACCAUCAUUUGGCCGAGGAGGGCUACAUCUUCCACAACUAUACUACUGUGACUAUUGAUAGCAAAGGCGCUUCCGUCUUCAUUCAGACAGAUAAGCCAGUGUACAGACCGAAGCAGAAAGUGCUGAUCAACUUAUUUACCGUGAAUCCAGAUUUGCGGCCAAUCAACGAGAAGAUUGAAGCUUAUGUGCUGGAUCCUCGAGGGUCUCGGAUGGUAGAAUGGAAAAACCUCAAGCCAAUUUGUUGUGGAAUCCUCAACAUGAGUUUCCCUUUGUCGGAUCAACCAGUGUUCGGAGAAUGGUUUAUAUUUGUAGAAAUGCAAGAAUACACAUACAACAAAUCGUUUGAAGUUCAAAAAUAUGUUUUACCCAGGUUUGAGCUGCGCAUUGAUCCACCACGCUACAUUCGGGACCUUGGAGUUUGUGAAAAGGGAACUGUCCACGCCAGGUACACAUUUGGGAAGCCAGUGACAGGGAAGCUGACUGUCAACAUGACAGUAAAUGGAGUGGGGUACUACAGACAUGAAUCAGGGCAUCCUGUCCUUAAAACCACUGAAAUUGAUGGUUCUGUAGAUUUUGACAUAUGUGUAAAAGACAUGAUGCCUGCAGACAUCCCUGAGCAUUUCAGAGGCACUGUGAACAUUUGGGCCACAGUAACUAGCACCGACGGGAGCAGGCAGGUCACCUUCGAUGACUCAACCCCUGUCCAGAAGCAGCUUGUUGACAUAAAAUAUUCCAGAGAUACUCGGAAGCAGUUCAAAUCUGGUUUGCCAUUUAAAGGGAAGGUUGAAGUCACUUAUCCUGAUGGGAGUCCGGCUGACAGAGUGACUGUCCGGGUAAAAGCGGAACUCACUCCAAAGGACAACAUUUACACAAGCGAGUUAGUGUCCAGAAGCGGUGUGGUGGAAUUUGAAAUCCCCUCCAUCCCCCCUGCUGUCCAGUACGUCUGGCUGGAGACCAAAGUCACAGCCCUGGAUGGGAAGCCUGUUGGAGAUCAGUAUCUACCCAACUACCUGUCGAUCAGCAGCUGGUAUUCACCUAGCAAGUGCCACAUCCAGCUUCAGAUGCCAGGCAGACCUUUUCUGGUGGGAGAGGAGGCAUGUAUUGCUGUGAAGUCCACUUGCCCGUGUAAUUUCACACUCCACUACGAAGUUGUAUCACGGGGGAACAUUGUUCUUUCAGGACUGCUGCCUCGAAACAAGACUUGGGAGGGGAGCAAAAGAACCGCCACCGCUGCCUCUUCUGACUUGACCAACUCUUCUGCUCCAGAACUGAAUACCUGCAUGACUUCUAUCUGUUUCUCAGUCAUUCCAAACAUGGCUCCCCUGGGCCGUCUUCUUGCAUACUAUGUGCGGGAGAAUGGAGAAGGGGUUGCAGAUAACAUGCAGUUUGCCGUCAAGCCUUUCUUUGAGAAUCAGGUUUCGGUGGCAUUUUCAGCAAAUGAGACCAGGCCAGGUGACUCCAUAUCUGUUACAGUGCAAGCUGCAAAGGGAAGUUGUGUUUGUUUGGCCACAGUGGACAAAAGCAUUUACCUUUUCAAGCCUGGCUUCCAGCUGACCACUGACCAGAUCUUCCAGGAACUUGCAGAUUAUGAUGUGUCUGAUGCUUUUGGAACUUCAAAAGAAGAAGGGCACUUCUGGUGGCCAGGCUCAACGCUACACAAGCGUCGCCGUCGUUCUUCUAUUUUUCCCUGGCACUGGGACAUUGCCAAAGAUGCCCGCUGUGCGUUUACGGAAACCGGUUUAGUUGUAAUGACUGAUCUCGUCAGCUUAAACCAUAGACAACAUGGCAGUCUAUAUACGGAGGAAGUUGUGCCUGCCUUCCAACCUCACACCGGGAUGCUGGUGGGUUCUGCACAUUCCAAAGCUCAGCCCAGAGCAGACAAGAAGAAAAGAACAUUCUUCCCAGAGACUUGGAUCUGGCGGUGUUUCAAUGUCAGUGAUGUUUCAGGAGAAGCUCAGCUACGUGUUGAAGUUCCAGACUCCAUCACCACAUGGGUGAUGGAGGCUGUUGGACUUUCUGAGAGAGGGCUAGGCUUGGCGAGACAGACUGAACUCAAGACCUUCAAGCCAUUCUUCAUUGAGUUCACCCUUCCAUACCACAUAAUCCGUGGGGAACAGGCAAAGAUUCCUCUGACAGUCCAUAAUUACUUACCCAUGUGUUUGGAGGUUCACGUGAAAAUCUCGGUGGCCAAAGGCAUUAAGUUUGUGGGACAUCCUGGAAAGCAACAUUUGACAAGGAAAAAGUGCGUAGCCCCUGGCAAAGCCAAGCCUACCUCUAUCGUGCUAUCUUUUGGAGAACUGGGGCAGAACAACAUCACAGCAAAAGCCUUUGCUUAUAGUGGAAGCAGCUGCUGCCAAGACAACAUUCAACUCAUGAAGAACGGCAAACAUUCUGAGGAUGCCCACAUAGACAAGAGGACUCCUGUUGGUGUUGACUAUGUACGGAGGAGUGUUAUUAUUGAGCCAGAGGGACUGACCAGAGAAUAUACCUACAGUGUUUUCUUCUGUCCUAACGAGAAAAUUCACAUUUCCACUCCUAAUAAGUAUGAGUACCAGUAUGUGCAGAAACCUGCCCACAUGAUGCGCUUUGAUGUUGCCAUCAAGGCCCACAAUAAUGCCCACAUCGCUUUGUCCUCUGCCCCCCAUGACAUGGCGGAGAUGACUGAAAUUGUCAUUGGUGGGCACCAGAACUCCAAAACUUGGAUCUCUACUAGCAAGAUGGGCGAGCCAGUGGCCAGCACAGACACUGUAGGCAUCCUUUCGUGGGACGAGUUUCGAAGUUUUUGGAUCAGCUGGGCCCAUGGAGUCAUCCAGGUGGGCCACGGCCCCUUCGUUCUCAAUGAGUCCAUCAUUGUGACUUGGUCCACCUCCAAGCAGCCGGAGGUGAAGUAUAUCGGCUUCUCCACAGGUUGGGGUUCUGCAGGCGAAUUCAAAAUCUGGAGGAAAGAGGAGACGGAUGAGAAUCACAAUGAAGCAUUCACACUGGGCGUUCCUCACAAUGUGAUUCCAGGCUCAGAGAGAGCUACUGCCUCUAUUAUUGGAGAUGUGAUGGGGCCAACGCUGAACAAUCUGGACAACCUCCUUCAACUGCCCUUUGGUUGCGGAGAGCAGAAUAUGAUUCAUUUUGCUCCCAACAUCUUUGUCCUCAAAUAUCUUCAGAAGACCAAACAACUUAGCCCGGAGGUAGAGAGCGAAGCCACCGAUUACCUAGUGCAAGGAUACCAGCGCCAAUUGACCUACAGGAGGCAAGAUGGUUCCUACAGUGCCUUUGGGGAAAGGGAUUCCUCAGGAAGCAUGUGGCUAACAGCCUUUGUUCUGAAAUCUUUUGCUCAAUCCCGGGAAUUCAUUUUCAUUGACCCCAAAGAACUUUUAGCUGCCAAGGAUUGGAUCAUCCAGCAUCAGAAGGAAGAUGGCUCAUUUCCAGCCCUGGGCAGAAUACUCAAUAAGGACAUCCAGGGUGGAAUUCAUGGGAAGAUUUCUGUAACAGCAUAUGUAGUAGCAGCUCUGCUGGAAACAGGGGUGACUUCUGAGGAAGAAAAAGGAGCCGUUACCAAAGCACAGCACUUCUUAGAAUCCAAUACGUACUCAGUGGAAGACCCUUACACCAUUGUCUUGACUACCUACGCACUCACACUUCUGCGCAGCCCUUCAGCAUCAGCAGCUCUUCGGAAGAUGAAUGGCAUAGCCAUUACGCAAGAUGGCUUCACGCACUGGAAUAUAAUGGGAACUCUUGCGACUGGUGAAGAUACAUUCAUGGGAUUCAGUGAUGGCCUCUCCCAAUCAGUCAUAUCUGCUGAAGUUGAAAUGACAGCCUAUGCCCUGCUGACGUAUACUGUGCUGGGGGAUGUUGCAUCUGCACUGCCUGUGGUCAAGUGGCUGUCUCAGCAGCGGAAUGCCCUGGGUGGCUUCUCCUCUACCCAGGAUACUUGUGUGGCCCUGCAAGCUCUGGCUGAAUAUGCUAUCCUGUCCUACAUUGGGGGUGUCAACCUCACCAUUUCACUGGCCUCUACCAACCUGGACUACCAAGAGACCUUUGAGUUAAACAAAGCCAACAAAAAGCUCCUUCAGACUGCUGUGAUCCCCUCCAUUCCCACAGGGUUAUUUGUGAGUGCCAAGGGGGAAGGCUGCUGCCUCCUGCAGAUUGAUGUCUCCUACAAUAUCCCUGAUCCCGUGGCUAAGCCAGCUUUCCAGCUUCUGGUGAAUUUACAAGAGCCCAAGCUGAAGAGGCACCGUCGAGCCCCACGCCUACCUAAGCUGGUCUCUGCAGAGGAAAAUCGUUCAGGGGCCCCACGUCGGGACCGGGUUCUGGGUGAUGACGACGAUCCUGCCUCCGAUCAGGACCAUCAGGAAUAUAAAGUGAUGGUGGAGGUUUGCAUGAGGUGGCUUCACUCUGGCUCCUCCAACAUGGCAGUCCUGGAGGUACCUUUGUUCUCAGGUUUUCGAGCUGACAUUGAAAGCCUAGAAAAGCUACUCACAAACAAACAGAUUGGUCUGAAGAGGUAUGAGGUGGAUGGCAGGAAGGUCCUUUUCUAUUUUGAUGAGAUUCCAAGCCAGUGUAUGACCUGUGUCAAGUUUAUGGCCUUCCGUGAAUACAUUGUGGGGAAGACGGCUCCCUUGCCCAUCAAGGUGUACGACUACUAUGAGCCAGCUUUUGAAGCCACCCGUUUCUACAAUGUCAGCGAAUCCAGUCCUCUGUCCCGUGAGCUCUGUGACGGUCCCAUGUGCAACGAGGUGGAGAGCAUGGCCAGCCACUGGGGUGGUUUUGUACAUACUGGUCCUUGCAACAGCGUCUCUGGUUGCUUAGAGGAUGGCUAUUUUGAGCAGUGCAUGUGUUCACGUGACUGUGGCUACGAUGGGGAGCUGGUGUGUGGCUCAGAUGGUUUUAUCUAUCAGAACCACUGUCAAAUGGAGGUGGCUGCCUGCAGAAACAGCACCCAGAUCGAACAGGUCCUCAUGACACAAUGUGUGGUGGCUAAGAACCCUCCAGAAGAGAAA